AGGAACCAUGCAGACGCCUGGGGAGAAGCAUCCAGGUGGAGGGAAGAAGAAAGUGCAAAGGCCCUGAGGUUCCAGUAAGAAGAGGCCAGUUGAGAUGAACCAACGGGCCAGUUACCUGCUAGUAUGGAUGCCCUUCCUCCUCUGCGUCUGUGAGACAAGUGGAGGUCAGAAGGGUUCAUGUGUGUUUCCAUUCAUCUACAAGGGGUCUGCUUACUUCUCUUGCAUCAGAAGCAAUAGCCUCUCCCCUUGGUGUUCAACAAAAGCCAUUUACAAUGAGCAAUGGAAGUACUGCACGGCGGACGAUUACCCACGGUGCAUCUUCCCCUUCAUCUACCGAGGAAGGUCCCAUAACAACUGCAUCACGGAGGGUAGUUUCUUCAGAAAGCUGUGGUGUUCUGUCACCUCCAGCUUUGAUGAGAAGCAGCAGUGGAAAUACUGUGAAACCAAUGAGCAUGGGGGAAAUUCUUUCAGCCAGCCCUGCAUCUUCCCCUCGAUCUACAGAAAUAGUGUGAUCUCUGAAUGCAUUGAGAAUGAAAGCAGCAGGCUCUGGUGCCCAACCACGGAGAACAUGGAUGAAGAUGGGAAGUGGAGCCUCUGUGCUGACACUAGAGUUUCCUCAUUGGUUCCUGGCUUUCCCUGCCACUUCCCAUUCAGCUACAAAAACAAGAAUUAUUUUAACUGUAUCAGCAAAGGAUCAAAGCGGAACCUUACGUGGUGUGCAACCUCUUACAACUAUGACCAGGACCACACCUGGGUGUACUGCUGAUGCAAAGGGGAGGAGAAACAUCUUCAGAGAAAGACGGACAUAUCAAGUGUGGGACCUGGUUCGUCUCUUUCUUUCAAGCCUAAUCCCCUUUAGAAAUACUUUGUCCACCAUUUUGCUUAAUCACUUGGUCCUGUGUGAAGAACAGAGGGGGGAAAUGUGGCCUAAAUGCCAAAAAAGGAGCCCACGGUUAACCCUCCCUGGGAGGGGGGGUUGCCCCUUGUGCUUCCUGGAAUAGGAUUGGAGAAGGAUUUGGAAUGUGUGAAAUGCAUUGUGAAUCUUUUGGUAGGAGGUCAGAUUCUCAGCCCAGGGGCCCCUUGGAAGGAACUGCAGCCUGCUAUCUCUUUCCUGAAAACUAUAGACUUGGGUGAAGCAUUUGUAGGUACUUAUUAAAUCAUUAAUAAAUAACUUAGUAAGUGUAAGUA